AUGACUCACGCCAUUUACUGUGCCCACGCCGAGGCGCUCUACAGCACACGCCGAGGCGCUCUACAGCCCACGCCGAGGCGCUCUACAGCCCACGCCGAGGCGCUCUACAGCCCACGCCGAGGCGCUCUACAGCCCACGCCGAGGCGCUCUACAGCCCACGCACUCUACAGUCUACGCAGAGGCGCUCUACAGCCCACGCCGAGGCGCUCUACAGCCCACGCCGAGGCGCUCUACAGCCCACGCCGAGGCGCUCUACAGCCCACGCCGAGGCGCUCUACAGCCCACGCAGAGGCUCUACAGCCCACGCCGAGGCGCUCUACAGCCCACGCCGAGGCGCUCUACAGCCCACGCCGAGGCGCUCUACAUACCACGCACUCUACAGUCUACGCAGAGGCGCUCUACAGCCCACGCCGAGGCGCUCUACAGCCCACGCCGAGGCGCUCUACAGCCCACGCCGAGGCGCUCUACAGCCCACGCAGAGGCGCUCUACAGCCCACGCCGAGGCGCUCUACAGCUCACGCCGAGGCGCUCUACAGCCCACGCCGAGACGCUCUACAGUCUCAUCUCUCCAACACCUCAGUCGGCCCAAACCCACCCAUGGAGUCGGCCCCAACCCACCCCACGCACCCCUGGAGUCGGCCCCAACCCAACCCACCCCUGGAGUCGGCCCCACCCCACCCCAACCCACCCCUGGAGUCGGCCCCAACCCAACCCAACCCACCCCUGGAGUCGGCCCCAACCCAACCCACCCCUGGAGUCGGCCCCAACCCAACCCACCCCUGGAGUCGGCCCCAACCCCACCCACCCCUGGAGUCGGCCCCAACCCCACCCAACCAUGGAGUCGGCCCCAACCCCACCCACCCCUGGAUCGGCCCCAACCCACCCACCCCUGGAGUCGGCCCCAACCCACCCCACCCCUGGAGUCGGCCCCAACCCCACCCACCCCUGGAGUCGGCCCCAACCCAACCCACCCCUGAGUCGGCCCCAACCCCACCCCACCCCUGGAGUCGGCCCCAACCCCACACCCACCCCUGGAGUCGGCCCCAACCCCACCCACCCCUGGAGUCGGCCCCAACCCAACCCACCCCUGAGUCGGCCCCAACCCAACCCACCCCUGGAGUCGGCCCCAACCCCACACCCACCCCUGAGUCGGCCCCAACCCCACCCCUGAGUCCACCCCCCCUGGAGUCGGCCCCAACCCACCCACCCCUGGAGUCGGCCCCAACCCCACCCACCCCUGAGUCGGCCCCAACCCCACCCACCCCUGGAGUCGGCCCCAACCCAACCCACCCCUGGAGUCGGCCCCAACCCCACCCCACCCCUGGAGUCGGCAACCCAACCCCCCCUGGAGUCGGCCCCAACCCCACACCCACCCCUGGAGUCGGCCCCAACCCACCCACCCCUGAGUCGGCCCCAACCCAACCCACCCCUGGAGUCGGCCCCAACCCAACCCACCCCUGGAGUCGGCCCCAACCCACCCCACCCCUGGAGUCGGCCCCAACCCACCCACCCCUGGAGUCGGCCCCAACCCACCCCUGGAGUCGGCCCCACCCCACCCCUGGAGUCGGCCCCAACCCAACCAUGGAGUCGGCCCCAACCCACCCCACCCCUGGAGUCGGCCCCAACCCACCCCACCCCUGGAGUCGGCCCCAACCCACCCAUGGAGUCGGCCCCACCCCACCCCUGGAGUCGGCCCCAACCCACGCCUGGAGAUGGGAAGAGAGGACCGGAUUGGAUGGCCAGCAGGCUGAUGUUAUCCAUACACUGAGUGAACAAAACAUGAGGAACACCUGCUCUUUCCAAUCCACCCCAUGGAGUCGGCCUCAACCCGCCCCACGGAGUCGGCCCCACCCCACCCCUGGAGUCGGCCCCAACCCAACCAUGGAGUCGGCCCCAACCCACCCCUGGAGUCGGCCCCAACCCACCCCUGGAGUCGGCCCCAACCCACCCACCCCUGGAGUCGGCCCCAACCCAACCCAACCCACCCCACGCACCCCUGGAGUCGGCCCCAACCCAACCCAACCCACGCCUGGAUUCGGCCCCAACCCACCCCACGCACCCCUGGAGUCGGCCCCAACCCAACCCAACCCAACCCUAGAGUCGGCCCCAACCCACCCCACGCACCCCUGA